ACCUGCGCGGGCAAGGCGGCGUCUCGUCUUCUUUACCUCGAUUCAUCGAAAGGACCGGUGAUUAACCUCGCUUCACGGUACGCGGGACAAGCAAGAAGGUCGGGGAGGUGGUGAGGGUGGAGGGGGCCGGGGGGGGGGGUGGUCGACCUUUGAAGGAGCCCGGGUUGGGCUGGGUGGUGGAGGUUGAUUGUCGGCACGGAAGUUGCGCGACUCGGGCCGCGGUGGGUGACGCCACACAACAGUGACAAGUCGGGACGACGACGUGCAUUGUGGGCCAUCAUGACCUCCUCGUAACUCGUUCCUGCAGUAACCCGUUCAGAUUGUCAGUUUAAAACACUCGCUGCUACUUUGGCUGGCUACCCGCCCACCCGGGAAAGUGGCCGAGAUGUCGCACGCGGCACGCUCCUCGCGGCACCCGGACGAGUGGCAGCACGAGCGAGACUCCAGGUACGAUGGGCAGGACGGCGCGCAGAGCGCCUACUCGGGCGGCUACUCCCAGUACGAAGAACCCCAACGCAGCAGUGGAGGGCCGCUGAACUGCAAGUGCUGCGAGAACGUCUGCACGAGGCGCGGAGUCCUGAAGCUCACGGAGAUCUUGGUGAGCCUCAUGACGCUCAUCUGCGUGGCGGCCUCCCAGGCCUCCAUGGCGGGACACACGGCCAUGGGUGGCCUCAACCUGGGGUCGUCGAGCAUAAACAGCAUGCCCUACAGCCCCUUCCAGGGCACGGAGAUGCAGCAGGUGCAGGAGCUCGACAGGGCCUACAGCCAGAUGCGCUCGCCGGCCGUGUACGGCGGCGUGGCCGUGUGCAUCUCGCUCUUCUGCAUGACGCUCGGCAUGCUCGUGGGCGGCACGAAGCGGGGCCUGCGCGGCUCGCGCCGGUGGUUGAUCGCCGACUUCGUCUUCUCCGUGCUGGCCUUCGUGCUCAGCGUCGUCGGGGUGGCCCUCUACCUCACCGUGGUCAUCAACGUCAACGCCACGGACACCUGCAAGAAGCGCGAGCGGGUCUACGCCGGGCGCGGCUACACGUGGAUGAACUGCUCCGUGCAGGGCGGGGACGCCGCCACGGCGCUGUUCGGCAUAAUCCUGGCCAUCCUGUACGUCGUGAGCGCCGUGUUCGCGGCCUUGAAGCUGUGCCAGUUCCAGCGGCACGAAGGGAAGGCGCGCGCCGUAAACGGAAACGGCGACGGCGAGAGCGCCAUGCCCAUGACGCGGUCACCCAAAAGCAGUUACCGGGUGUCGGAGCCAUCGACGGCGCUUUGCCAGAGCGAGCCGCCCUCUGUGCCGAAGCCCCAGGCAGACCGGCCCAGGCGUUCACGGAACCACUCGCGUGAAAACGACCUGUAUGUGUAGCUCGCCCUCCCCCCCCCACCCGUGUACCGUGGCUUUCAAUAGAGACGUUCCAUCCUGUGAAUAACUUUUUUUUUUAAAGGUGUCUUUAUGGUCAAGUGAGCAAAACGCUGUCGCUGGUGUAACCCUGAGGUAGUUUCAAAAAUUCCACAUUCCCACGAAUUGGGCUGUUUUCAUGCCAGGCCAACCACUGAUGACCUCUCAUGAAGUGGUACUUUAUUUAUGGACCCCAGAAAGAUGAGAGACUUAAUUCCAUCCAAAACUGAGAUUUCAAUUCGCUACCUUUUUUUCGCGUUGAGUGCUCUAACCAGUGGCA